UAAAAGCGGGGUAGUUGAAAAUUAUUGUUGUUAUUAUUCCAAUUAAGGUAUUGUCAUGCACUUGUAAACAUUGAAGAGUUCUUCUCUUCAUUUUCUGAGCUGUGUGUUUUAUUGUGUUUGAUAUAGUGUGUUUGGUGUGUUGUGUGCGGGUUUUUUUUUUUUGAUUCCUUCGAGUUUCUUCUUCGAUACCCCUCUAAACAGGAUUAAAUUGUUUUCAUAAUUUGAAGAUGAUUCAGUGUCGCCAUGAAAAUGUGGAAAAUGAAACUAACAUAACAUAACACUUCCAAAAUGGGAUUUUCUGAUGAAAAUAAUAAAAACUUCAAAUUCAAAUUUUAAAGCUACAUUCAUCCACAAAAUCCCCCCCCCCCCCAACAAAGUGAAGUCAAACGUUUAGUGAAAAGAAUUAAUAACAAAAAAAAAGUGUUUUGUGCUUGAAUUGGUGCAAAAAGUGUGAAUUUAUGUUGUGAGAUAUGGUGAUGUCCCCCCAUGAGCGGGGGCCAUAGUCUGCACGCAGCUGCCAGUGGCGGCGAUGUGGCUCGUAUACGUAGCAUAUUAACAACACCACGUAGUUAUACCGCUGGUUUAACAUCAUUCUUAUUACAUCGUUCAACAAAUGUUUUACGUCAAUCAACAACAACAUCUUCGUCAUCACCUGGUGCUGCUAAUCAGAACAGUCCAACCACUACCGGUAAUAAUGGUGUUGUGGAUGUAAAUGAGUUAGAUAGCGCUGGAUGUACACCAUUACAACGUGCAGCGGCUGAAGGUCAUGAAGAGAUUAUACGAUUAUUAUUGGCUCAUGGUGCCGAUGUCAAUCGUAAGGAUAGUGUUCAUGGGAACACUGCGUUACAUGAAGCUGCAUGGAAAGGGUACAGUCGUACGGUGGCAAUAUUAGCUGCAGCUGGGGCCAAUUUAGAAACAGCAAAUAAUGGUGGUUUUGCACCAUUACAUUUAUGCUGUCAAAAUGGGCAUAAUCAAUCAUGUAGAGAAUUAUUGUUAGCUGGUUGUAAUCCUGAUUUACAAAAUAAUUAUGGUGAUACACCAUUACACACAUCCGCACGAUAUGGUCAUGCAGGUGUUACACGAAUUUUAAUAUCAGCUCAGUGUCGUGUAUCCGAUCAAAAUAAGAAUGACGACACCGCUUUACACAUAGCAGCUGCAAUGGGUCGGCGAAAAUUAACACGUAUUCUAUUAGAAGCAGGAUGUGAUAAACAUUUACGGAACAAACAAGGAGAAACCGCUAAGGAUAUCGCUACACGUAAAGAUCUAAAUGAAAUAAUUCACAUAAUCAACACCACCAAAUCUUUAGUCAAGAAAAAAUCAUCCACAACGGAUAAAAAAUCAUCACGUAAUAAAAAUGACGUCACAGACGGUAGCAGAUGUACAAAAGACAAACAUCAUAAAGAUAAGAAAUCAUCGAAAUCGAAAGUUCGAUUUGAAAGUUUAAACAAACAUUGGUCUCCGUACGGGUGUCAUUAUUACCCCGAUCCAAAAUCAUUUCCAAAACCAAAAUUAGAUACAUUACCGAUCGAACCACUUCGAAAAGGAGAACAAUAUUAUUUAGAUUUAGCUGGGAAUAUUUGUAAGGGGCCGAUUGGGGUGGGUUACACAUGUUAUUGUGCCCCGUUCUUUAAACACAUGGAAGAACGUUUGGAUCGUGAUAAACAAGAAUUAAAGGCACAUAUCGAUAAAGCUCAUGAACGCUUAGAUCAUAAAGUCACGAACCUCGAACUCAAAACACAAGGACAAAUUUCAGAGCUAACCCGUUGCGUGGCCGCAGAACGUGCUUUAUGUGAUAAACGACAUCAACAUUUAGAACAAUGGUUAUUACGCAGUCGAUUCGGACGUCAAAGCGAGCGAGUACGGAAAGUUGAACACAGUCCACCAUACGAGUAUGGCUCGCAAGAGAUAUUACAACGAUCUAAAAGCCUGGAACUUCUUGAUGAUUUCGAUGAUUUUCAAAAUCGUAGUGGAAAACAAAAUUCACGUAGUAUGGAACUCUUGGAUGAUACAAUCAACCAUGAUGUACCAAAUCGUGUUCGAACGAUUUUACCCGAACAACAUUUUCAAUUUAAGAGUCAAGUUAUGAAAGAAACAACAGCGAAUCAACGAUAUAAACCACAGUUUGUUCAACAAAUCGUCACAGUUGAUCAUCAUGCGAACGAAGAACCAUCAUCAACACCUCGAAAAACCGUUUCGGAAUUAGUUAAAGAAAUUCAAAUGCAUCAAAGAAGUGGUAAUAUCGAUCAAUCAUCCCCACAAUCUGUAUAUAAUAGUUCAGUGAUCAAUAAUCGAACGGAAUUACAUAUCCCAAUAAACGAUAACACUAAUGGCGAUCAAUCAGAGUCGAGUGAUGAUGAAGAAGAUCAAAAUUAUCCGAAUACAUCACGACAUUAUACGAAAAACGAUGAUAAUAUUCAUUCAAACUACGAGAAUGUUAAUCAAAAUUACUAUAACGAUAAUAAUCCGAUGUUUAACGAAGCUCGGACACGAGUUGUUUUUUAUAGUCCCACAUCACCCACUGAUAUGCUGAUAAAUAGUUCCGAUAAUCCAACACAUAUAAAUGUACAAGAUCCAUACGAUAUCAAAAAUACAGGGUUGUACGUUUUGGAUGACCAUUCAUCACCGUCACAUGACAGGUACAAUCAAUCCCUACCCCAACCUCCACCAACAAUUAUCCAACAUGUCAACACUACGUUAUUAGAUAAUACGAACAAUAAUCAUCUUGGGGACUUUCACCAUCCGAUGACAGCUUCGUCAUAUCAUCAUCAUCGAUUUACGAAUUCCAGGAAACCAAUUGACUUGCAGAUGUUAGAAAAAGAUGUUCAUUCACGAAUUGCAAAUUUACACAUGUUAGAUCGUGAUUUAAAAAAGGAUAUAAAUGUGAUUGAGCAUAAUGAUUCGGGAUAUUCGACAAAAGUGUACGGGAGUUCACAAGGUAAUUCACCAAGUCUGUCGGGUGAAGUUGAGAAUAUUAAUAAUGGUAAAACUUUACCGUCACCUCCGUCAACUUCUUCGCCAUUGGGACAAAAUCGUUCAACUUCUUCAACUAAUAAUAUUCUUCCAGGAUCUUCCAGCCUUGUAUGAUUAAACUAAGUAUUUGCAUAAAAAUUUCAUAAUUAAGUUGUAGAAAUAUGGAUAAAGAACUGGUGAAACCAUAGAAAUAUUAUAAGAAUAGAGUGUGCGAGUCACUAUGGAGGAAAUGUUAUGGUAACUCGGCAGCGCGAUCGUUCUCCCUCUUAUCUCUCUCUUUCGACGCUCUCGCUGUUCUCUCGCUUACUCUGUAUAGGUAUAAUAUCAAAACUAUGGGAUUAUUAAAACAAAUAAUGUCUUCGAAAUCGGAAUGCCGAAUUCCAAAAAACGAGAAUUUAGGCUAAAUACGUAGAGAUGGCAGCACUAGUGCUAUUUAAACAGCUAUGGCACUUCGUGGAUCAUCUUAAUUUAUGAUUUUUAGCUCCAGGAAAGGGCGAAAAAUAAAAACUAGUCCUAUUAAUCCUUCAAAUAAAACAGCUUAUUAUGCAAUCUCCUAAGAAUGAAAUAAUCAUUUUAUGGGAUCAGUUAAAAUCAAUAAUGUUGAAUAUUUACAGGUGUUGACACAAAUUAAGGAAAGACCUACACACCCUUUAAAAUAAUUUAAUGAUAUUAUUACUAAUUAAACAAUUUCAAUUGAAUUGAUAACCAUCUAUGAAAAGAAAUAGAUUUGUUUAUUCAACCGUGCGACAACAAUUAUUAUUAUUAUUAUAAAUAUUAA